CAGUUCCUCCAGACUUCUAAGGCUAGCUCCAGGCCUGGAACACCUCGUCUGUGCUCUAGCUCCAUCUUACACCACUAUGGACGUCAUUCAGAAGACGCUCGUCGAGCCUCUCCAGCCUUACCUCCGGCCCGUCGUCGCGUCAGUACCGCAACCUGUCCACGAUGCGAUUGUCUCCUUGAUCGGCUCAAGCUGCCACAACACGCUCGUCGUCAACCUUGACCUUGCCCAGGAUCCGGAAUGCACAUCUCUUGCGAUCUCUAAAGCUCUGGGGAUUGGUAUUGUUGGCGCUAGUGGAAUCGUCAAGGUUCCCCAGAUUCUCAAGCUCAUCCGCUCCGGCUCAUCUGCGGGUGUGUCUUUUGUGUCGUAUGCGCUUGAGACCGCCAGCUUGCUCAUCACGCUUUCCUACGGAGUGCGCAACCAAUUUCCUUUCAGUACCUACGGCGAGUCCGCAUUCAUCGCUGCGCAGGAUGUUUUGGUAGGGGUAUUGGUCUUGACAUAUGCCGGCCGAUCUGCAGCAGCGGCUGCGUUUGUUGCAGUUGUGGCAGCGAGCAUUUAUUCCUUGCUGGUUGACACUUCUAUUGUUGAUGCUCAAACCAUGGCCUACCUUCAGGCGGGCGCAGGAGCUUUGGGUGUUGCCAGCAAGGUGCCCCAGAUCCUGACUAUCUGGCAGGAAGGUGGAACCGGACAGCUGAGUGCUUUUGCGGUGUUCAACUACCUCGCAGGCUCCUUGUCCCGUAUCUUCACCACCCUUCAGGAGGUCGACGACAAGCUCAUUCUGUACGGCUUCCUCGCUGGUUUCUCCCUAAACCUCAUCCUCGCCGCCCAGAUGCUGUACUACUGGAACAGCCCUACGAAGACCGAGAAGGAAGAGGCGAGCAGGUCACGGAAGCCUGCGAUCAAGGCCGAAACUUCUUCCUUUAGAAGAUCGCCCGCCUCGUCCGCUUCGCCUUCCACGGCUUCUCCGUCCCCCAAGCCAUCCGGCAGGACGCCUACGACCCGUCGACGCGGUUAG